UAGUACAAAAAUUAAUACUAGUAGUAUUUUCAUAUAAAUAUGGAAGGAAUGCGUGAUAACCAGAAGAAAAGGUUUGCAGUUGUUGGUGUCUGUUACAUUCUUCUUAUCGCUGUGGUCCGAACCGAUGCGGUCGGUAUAACGCGCGGCGGCUUUGGAGGACCAGGAGAACAAAAUGAAAAUAACUCUACCACACAAAAGGAUGUUGAUAGUCUUUGUAAAUCAGACCCCGUAAAAUGUAACUCGAAACUAGGAAGUUUGUUUAAUGGAACAAUGAACAUAAAAGAUACUAUAAAAAAAGCACUCAUUGAAGACGCUGGGGAGUUACAGAGACACAUAGACAAUCCAGUUCUUUAUAAGGAAUUGGUAAAAGACAAACAGUCGGAAGAAGCUAUGCGACUUUGCGACGAUGUAAUGGAUGAUGCUGUUGAUGGAAUUAAUAAAUCUGUUGGUCACUUAGACACAUUAGAUUUCAAUAAGUUGAGUGAGUUUGUUUUCGAUCUUCAAGUUUGGAUGACUGCUACACUUACAGAUCAACAAACAUGUUUGGAUGCUUUUGAGAAAGUAGACCCAAAAGCUAGUGAGAAAAUGGCUCAGUUUUUGAACACUUCUAUGAGUUUAAGUGAUACUUCUAUUGACAUGCUUAAUUCUGUUUCCGAAGUACUUAAGGAUUUUGGUCAAACUCCAGUUGAUCUUCACAGGAGGCUUUUAUCCGAUGAAUCCGAAAAUCAGGUUGAUCUUCACAGGAGGCUUUUAUCGGAUGAAUCCGAAAAUCAGGUUGAUCUUCACAGGAGGCUUUUAUCCGAUGAAUCCGAAAAUCGGGUUGAUAGUUAUCCUACAUGGGUUAGUGAAGGACAAAGACGGCUUCUUGCUGCUUCAGGUCUUAACCCAGAUGCUGUUGUGUCGCAAGACGGUAGUGGGAAGUUUAACAGCGUUACUGAAGCUCUUAAGACUGUUCCGUCAAAUAACUCGAAACCUUUUAUCAUUUAUGUUAAGGCUGGUACUUAUAAAGGGCCUAUUCUUAUUCCUCUAAAGACGAAUUAUGUUACAAUUAUAGGUGAUGGUCCUACGAAAACCAUAUUCACAGGUAGCCUCAAUUUCGCUGAUGGCGUCCUAACUUAUUACAGUGCAACCCUCGGUGUGAAUGGUGACAACUUCGUAGCAAAGGAUAUAGGCAUUGAGAACACAGCAGGACCGAUUAAAAAGCAAGCUGUAGCACUGAGAGUUUCAGGAGACAUGGCAGUAUUCUACAACUGUAAAAUAGAUGGUUACCAAGACACACUUUUCGCCCUAUCCCUAAGGCAAUUCUACCGCGAUUGCAUCAUCUCUGGUACAAUCGACUUCAUCUUCGGCGACCCCUUUGCAGUUUUCCAAAACUGCAAAAUUAUAGUUAGAAAACCAUUACUAGGCCAAUCAUGUUUAGUAACAGCUGGUGGAAGACUCACAACGAAGACUCAAACUGCACUUGUUUUUCAAAGUUGUCAUUUCACGGGUGAACCUGAAUUAGCAGCGAUGUCACCCAAAAUAUCUUACCUAGGAAGACCAUGGAAACAAUACUCCAGAGUUGUGAUAAUGGACUCAAUUAUAGAUGACAUCUUUCUCCCUGAAGGUUUCCAAGCAUGGAUGGGAGUUAGUUUUGCCCAGACAGCUACUUUUUACGAGUAUAACAACAAAGGUCCUGGUGCUGACACGAAAGCAAGAGUGAAAUGGCCCAAUGUUAAAGUUCUAUCUGGUAAUGAGGCUUCUGUUUAUUACCCUGGUAAAUUUCUUCAAGUUUCUGGUACACCUUGGAUGACAAGUUCUGGGAUACCUUGUUCUCUUGGUCCUAUGAGAUAAAUCAAAACUAUAGCAAUAAAGUAAAAUAAUAGAGAAGAAGGAAAGAAUCCGUGAAUAUAUUAUU